CACUAGCGUGGUGGUACCAAUUGAUCCACCUCCCUUGGGAGUGAUCAUCAGAUCAGAUGAUGCGAUUUAGUAAGAUCCUUACUAACAUUACAUGCCACCAGAUCUGUCCGUUCUCGGCUGUGGAGGACUAAUCUCAGUACGAGGUUAAUCCCCGGAGAUAUCCUGAUACAAUAACGUCUACGAUGUCGACGUAGAGGUUCCAACGCUGUAUCCCAGUAGAGACGUCGCAGUAUCCGACACCCAAUGUCGACCUUGACAUCUUCAUCACGACGUCACUGACGGCAUCAAGAUGACAACAGCGUCCGUGACGGCUCUAGUCCUGCUAGUUUGUAUGGGCCAUGACGCAAUCGCCAAAGAGAAAAUGUGCCGUCACAAAUUUGGAAUGCGUCCUCCUGACGAGUUUCGGUUGUAUUCGUGCGCAUGGUGCUAUUUCCACGUCUCCCGCUCCCUGAAGCUUACCGCCAACCUCAGGACUCCAUACCUGGAGGCAAGGGUGAAUGGAUCCACGUUCUCCAAGGGUUCUUUGCUCAUACCGGAUGUCAAGAACGCCACCUGUCGGAGCAUGAUAUGCGAGACUUUAACCCCCGAUCUGUGUGACCGCUGGAGUAUGUGCUGCCAUCACGCUGAAGACUGCUGUCGGCGUCAAAUUGAAGCCCCGCUCCAUACCAACACCACGUGCCACCGCACGUGGGAUGGUUACGGAUGCUGGGAUGAUACGGCUCCUGGUACCACCACCUUCCUCAGCUGCCCUAGUUUCCUGGAGUACGCAGUGCCUACACGUAAUGCUAUCAAGCAGUGCAAUGCUGACGGUACUUGGUACAAGAAGAAGCUGCUAGACUGGACCGACUACACGCCGUGCCUCGACAAGGAGAGUCUUAUCAGCUCCAUCUAUCUGAGUCUAGGUUGUAACAUCGCCAGCAUCCUCUUCCUCGUCCCUGCCUUCAGCAUCUUCCUCAUGUACAGGUCUCUACGACGCCAGCACAGAAUACGUCUUCAUAUGAACUUCUUCAUGUCUUUCGUCACCAGUGAUGUCGUGACGAUAUUGUGGGAUAUGCUCGUCACAUACGAUCGCCUCACCAACGAACACAUUCCCCAAACACUCCUCUAUCGGAACGGGAGUGGCUGUAAGGUCCUCUCCUUCUGUCGAAUCUACUUCAAAAGCACGAACUACGUGUGGAUGUUCUGUGAAGGUUUCUAUCUCCACCGGCUGAUCAGCAACGCCUUCACACCGCCCAAGAAUCUCAUGCCUCUUUAUGUCACAGGAUGGGGAGUGCCACUGGUUUAUUCUGUGAUAUACGCUGCCAUCCGCCUUGUACACUAUAACGAAAGUUGUUGGGCCAAGAGUAUGGGACACACUGAAUGGAUCAUAUACGCACCCAAUCUUCUUUGUCUCGUGGUAAAUCUUUUCUUUCUAUGCAAUAUAUUGCGCAUACUAUUGACUCAACUUCAGUCUCACCCUAAUGAACCAAGUAACUUCAGGCGAGCGCUGAAGGCGACGUUUGUGUUGAUUCCACUGUUCGGAGGUCAGUUGUUCGUUACACUUUACAGAGUUCCUCCCGGGAAUCCAGGGGCUGUGGAGUAUGAAAAGUUUACCGUUUUUAUUAUCAACUCACAGGGCUUCUUCGUUGCGCUGAUUUUCUGCUUCUGCAACAGCGAGGUUCUGUCCCACUUAAGAAAGAGCUUCACAAGACUGAAGAUUAUCAGAUCUCGACUGGACCUUCCCAGGGGCACUACCAUGGCGACUAGCCUCAACUACAUCCAUCCCCAUUGUAAGGACGAGUCCCACGAGACGGAUAACGGGACGUACGUCUUUAACGACAGCCCGAGGUCAAGCCCGUCCCCAAAGAGAGACAAGAUCCCUAUGGAAACGUACGACAGAAACUACUUGUACACAUCGGUGUCCCCACAGCUGGGACCCAGAUACAUGAAGAAUUCCAAGGUGUGACAUUGGUGCCACACUGUUCUACCAAAAUUAAUGCUGUAGUGGUUUUCAGCGCUUCAUCGUCAUCGUGUGCGUGGAGCUUCCUCCUUUUGCGUCAAAACCAUAUUGGAAAUGUCUUUUGAGAUUCAAAGGUUUUAUUUAUCGUUUAAUAAGGACAACAUGAUAUAGUCUGAAACUUGGAUAGAGGAUCUCUGAUAUUCGUCUCAUCAUGGUACGUGACUAUUUGUUGGAGGUACGACACUAUGUUAUAGCUUCAUUGUUGCUUCAGAGCCAUAUUGGAAAUAUCAUUUGACUCAAAAGUUUUAUUCAUCGUUUAAUAAGAACAACAUGAAUUAGUCUGAAACUUGGAUAUAUGAUCUUUGAUAUUCGUCUCAUCAUGGUACGAGACUAUUGUUGGAGGUACACUAUGUAGGAGCUUCGUCCUUUGCUUCAGACCAAUAUUGGAAAUAUCAUUUGAGACUCCAAAGUUUUAUUCUUCGUUCAAUAAGGACAACAUGAAUUAGUCUGAAACUUGAAUACAGGAUCACUGAUAUUCGUCUCGUCUUUACCGGUGGUGGUGUGUGACUAUUUGUAGGAGGUACGACUUUGCGUGGAUCUAUUUGAGAGUGCCAGGUUUUCAGUCAAAUCAUGCCGUGUCUAAUACACGUUGAUGGUGCAAGCCAUGCAGGUAUGCUGAUUACUAGAAUGCGAAUGCUCACAAAUCAAGGAUUAUAGCCAUCGCAUCCUGGCGCGGCGAAGGGAAGCAACUCAGAUAAAUAUAAAGAGAAUAGCAUCACCUUCAUUCUGUGCCACUAGUAAUAGAAACAGUGUAUGUACAUUUCUUCGAUGUAGCGCACAGCAGUUACCAUAACAACGUGAAAGAGUGAUAAUGUCGUCCACGCGUGGGACCAUAUUAAUUUGUGCUCGAAGUAUAACAAAACCCUAGUAGUUUUGUUGUUUUGUGAAAAGGCGAAGCCCUGUAGAAUUAUAGAUGACACCUGAAAGGGUUCUAGAGCCAGGGAUCAACAAGUGCUGAAUCCUUAGACUCGUCAUUUCUGGGAAGAGGAACCAUCUUUGAAGCGAUCGGAUUACAAGGUACACGACUGUUGCGUUAAUGAACAACAACAGUUACACUGAGGAGAGGAUUAUAAACAAUAACAAAUUGUGGAGAUGUGAAUGGUCAUUGCCAAAUGUCGAACAUUGCUAGGCGUCGUGAACAACUUUGGGAUACCAACCGUAGAUAUAAUGCUCACACGGGCUAUCGGUUGUUACAAGAACACUUUCAGAAAAGAGCGAAGCUUUUAUCAACGACGACAGUUACAGCUAAAGCAAACACACAAAAUAUAUUCACGAUUCGCCGAAAAAGCAAAGAAAACAACUACAAGAACACAAAGUGUAUCCCAAUGCGUCUAAAGACAAAUCAAGAGUUAAACAAUGAACGGAGCUUGGGAGCAGCACCAACGUGAACAAAAGAGCGAUGAUCGCCCAAACAGUUUGAAACUGCAUCUUCAUAUAAGUUGUGAAAGAUAUUGAGUGUACUCCACGCAUGUGGCCAAACGGGAUACAAAACUACUAGAGGACAGGUCUGUCAAAGGCAGGUUAGAAGUGUUUCUACUUAAAAUAAUUGUGUUUUUGUUGUGGAUAUUCAACCCUGCAACUGAGAUGCGGGUUCUAAAAUACACUGGAACUGGAAAAACGCCUCAUUCAAGUAUCCACUGGAAUGUACGUUUAUGUUGUCGAAUUACAGACAAUACAAAAGAUGGAAACCGAAUGUGUGCCAAGAACUACGAGAGUGUUCAUGGAAGACCAACACAACUGCAGGUCUGCACAGGUGUGCGUCACUAUUAAAUAUUGUAGGUAACUGUACCUUGGAAUGUGAGAUGUAACGCUAUGUAAAGUACGAGCAAUGAUAGCAUUGAUUCCGUCUGUCGAUCACAGACAGAGAAGAUUGUGCGUUAUAUAAGCCUGACGUCGACAUGUACAGGGGAAUCAUUGUUUGACAUCAAAAUCAAAAGUAAGCACUAUUCCAUAAUGUCAUUCAUUAAAACAGAGGAAUCACCAGAUGAAUUAAUGAGUGAUAAUAUUUUGUAUCAUUUAGUCUACAUAUUCAUCUCCAUGAAGGUAUUUGUAAUGAUAUUAACUAUGUUUAAUCGAAUUUGACCUUCUUUGCAUGACAACUUAGAUAUCAGAUCAUCUGAAGACAAGACGCAGCCAGAAAGCAUCAGAAAAUAAAUGCCUACCGAGUGAACAACAUACACCAAUGUAUGUUGGUUACAUGAUGAUUGAAACCAAAGAAACCAAUGUCAAAUUUACCAUUUAUGUGACACCCACGACAAAAAUGUGAUGUUGUUGAACUUGGAUUGUAAUGGGAGCAAAUCUGGGAUUUGAACCUACAGCAAGCGGAUCUGGUGGCUAUGGAACACAAUGGUACUGGUAUGUUGAACAGAUUGAAUGCACACAAAGCUCAUUUCUCAUCAUUCGUGUCCGAUGGUUUAUCUGUGUACGUUGGGGUCAUUUAAAACGCUACACAAUUUACCGAAUGACACGUAUGAAGAGUAAAAUUGACAUGUAAAUAUGUAUGGUAUAUCGGGUAUGACCCAUUGACCUAUUGGUCAAAGGCGACUCAGCUUACGGAGUUACCUCCCUUAGCCGCGCCAGGUUCCGAUUGUCGUAGGCUCAAAUCUUACAUUUACCUUGAUUAUAAUCACACAUUGCCCAUGCAGUGAGUGUUACUAAGUGAUUAAACAUUAACAUAAACGACAAAAGCAACUGGGCUUCAUUUCCCAUAAAGCUGACACCCUGUGCUUUAGCUGAAAUUUCGUUCAAAUCUCACUCACUCACUCGGUAAUAUAUAACCCGAAAACUGGAAACAGACAUGAUCUAAGUUAAACUAUGAAACAAUACGUCAAAGAAUACAGGUAUAUAUAUAUUCCAAUGUUUGCUGCAUAGGCGGGUGAAAAACAUCAGGAUCUUUGAUUGUUUUUAUCAGUUGCCAGAACAAAAUGUGUUGUAUCUUAUAUCUUUUGUUUAUUGGUAAACAUAUCCACUGUCAAUAAACAGUGUAAGCAUUUUGGGCAGAAACUACAUACAUAUGUAUAAAUAAAGCAUAUAAAACAUCAGUUUGAUUCUUAUGAUCAUCUUAAUAUCAAAUGAUCAUAUUUAUAUCAUCCAGACUUAUAUGAUCAUCGAGACUCAUGAUUCAUAUAAUCAUCUGGACUCCAUGAUCUCCAUGAAUCACAUGAUAUUUUCGACGACACAUAUUUGUUUCAUUGAAUAGAGGAACACUUUUCUCUGUACAGCGAACAUCGUUUUUGUAAAACAUGUGACACAGGUAUAUCGUUCCUGAUCAUAAAUAAAAAAACCAAUCAAUUCGUGUCGGUAUCUAUACAAAUUUCUCUAUUGAUUGCAGUGCUAUAUUACCGUUAUUCUUUUCAACGUUAUCUCCUAUUUUUCAUAGGAUUGAAUUCUGGGAACUUGUGUAUUCUGUCACAACCUGGACACAUUGUUUUUCGAACCUUGUUAAUCCGGACUGUUCCUCUAACCUUGUUAAUCCGGACAAAUCAUCUCGAUCAGGACUCAUCGGUUUAAUGCGUCUCUGAAUAUGAGAAACAGUUGUGUUUAAUAAUCGCUUUAUUGAUUUUGAAAUGUCCAUAACAGUUGUGUUUAAUAAUCGCUUUAUUGAUUUUGAAAUGUCCAUAACAGUUGUGUUUAAUAAUCGCUUUAUUGAUUUUGAAAUGUCCAUAACAGUUGUGUUUAAUAAUCGCUUUAUUGAUUUUGAAAUGUCCAUAACAGUUGUGUUUAAUAAUCGCUUUAUUGAUUUUGAAAUGUCCAUAACAGUAAUCCUUCCGAAAGCAGAGAUUCCAGUCUAACGACCGGUCCUGCCUACACGGGCAUCUGUGGUGGAUGUUUUUAAUUUUGAACAAGACCAUCUUGCAGACUUAAUUAGGAAUGCUCUGGGUACAAACAAUACGUGGCUGGUAGGCUGACCCGUUCACUGGGGUCUCAUGAGCAACGUGGACGAGAAAACGUGUGCUGAAUGUGAUGUAAAUACACGUAAUUAAACAGCUAAAUGGCUUCAUCGAAUGAACGUGGUCCUUUUUGGUCUAUGAAGCAAAAUUUUAAUAUUCUUCAACCAAAAUACUACAAAUUCCCUGAAGCCCCAAGUGCACUGACAUGUGUCUGUUAGUAAUAUGGAACAUACACAGUGAACAGUUCGCUUUUCACGAGCAUGCUAUUCGUUCGCAACAGAUAUUUUUUCUGUGCUCUUAAACGAUAGGAAACUCCUGACGGUUCUUUGUCAAGAUAAAAAGGAAACAUUUGCUUCACCUCCGGCCUCGGAACUGUACAUGCAUUACCGCAGGAUUCGGUCAAACCCUAUUUUAAAUAUAUUGAAUUUGAAGUUAACAAAAUAUUGUGCAAGAAUGUGAGUAUCUAUAUAUUCAUCAUCAACCUGAAUUUGUGUUUCUUCUUAAUCAAUGCCUGCUUUUAAGCACAUCCAUGUACACGAUGUUGAAGGACAGUGUCGAUUUGUGCAAAUUGUCAUGUGCUGUUCUCAGACAUCCGGACCCCGUUUCACAAAGCUAUCAUAGCGCUGCGACUGUCGUACCUCCUAUACUGUAACAUAGGCUUACGGUUCUAGCGCUACGAUAGCGUUCUGAAACGGGACCCAGGCCUUUUACUAACGCUUCCCCUACAGUCAUGUCCCAUCAUACCAUGUCUGUCCAGGUGAAUUCAAAAUGUCCAUGAAGCCAUCUCACUCAGCCCCAUUCUACUUAACGUCGGGGAGAAGCCGAAAUUGACCAGGUCAUGGAGAUAUACGACUUCGGCGAAACCCGUGAGUUAGCAGGAUCUUACUUGGAGUAAAUCGUAGAUAUCAUAUCACUAGCAAGUGUCCAGUUCGUGCCUGAGAAAAACAGAUCAGCUUACAUGAUAUCUUUCAAACCUUUUCAUUAUUACGAAAUUCAUUAACUGUGAUUGUGGAACAUUUAGGAAAUAUUUGACGUCAUAGGUCAUUCGUACCUGUGUCACAAAUGUGAUGUAUUCGCAUCUUAAACGGGAUUAAGAAGCGAAAACGCUAUCGUGAUAUUUUCUUUAGAAUUUAUUACAUUUGUUAGAACAUUUAGAAUAUGUAUAAGGUCCUCUAUGGCGUUUUGUCCAUGUUCAUUUGUUUAUUGACGUUCAUUUCAUGUCCAUAUGUAGUCGUUUGUUAUGCUAUGAACCAGUUUUAAUGCGUUUGAUGUAAAUAAAAUAUGUUAAGGAACAACAGCGUA